AUGCGCCUCUGGGCACCAUGGCUUCCCCUCGUGCCACUGCUCUUCUGUGCAGGGGGCCAUGCCUAUGCCGACAUUGGGCUUUCCGAACGCCUUCGAUCGAAGGAGUGCUUGUGCCUCACAGAGGUCAUCAUCGUCACCUAUGUCGGCACACCAGAGUUCGUCGCCUCGUGCAUCCAGUCUGGCUACUCCGGCACCAUCACCAUGCCGGGAGGACCAGGUUAUCCCGAUGUACCGUAUCCGCCGCCCGCAAGCGCACCACCGCCAGCAGCAGCACCAUGGCCGGGACCGGGAUCCGGGACGUACACUAGUUUGUCCUUUGUGACGAGUGCCCGCGGCCUUUCCCUCGACAUUCAGUCUUCGGCCACCGCUGCUCUGGCUGCGAAUGGCACGCUGUCCACCACUCUCCACAUCGUCGGACCGACGCCAGGUCUGAGCGACAGACCCUGUGACGGGCCAGCAUCUGUUUCAAGGAGCGGAAGCGACUCUGGCAAUGAUACUAGCUUGACGAAUUGUCCUUCCUCCGGCGCCUGUACAGUCCACGAAAAUGAUACGACAUCGAUAUCAAACACGGGCUCAGCCAAGGUCUCGAUCACUCUGACAAUAUUCACGACGUUGAGAACUGUCACCACAUCCGUCGUCAUGACGACAAAUGAAGACUGCACGAGCUCAGCGACUCUCGCCACACUCGAAACCAUCACCCCCGUAGGACCGAACAUUCCGAACGUAUCGACGACUUUCGACAGUGCUACUGGGUCAGUGACGAGCAAUGGCGUGGAUGACCUGGAGAGCGCGAAUAAUGGACCGGUCCUGACGAUCUCGGAAACUGUCGCGUCGUUUGAUGGGUCAUCUACCGCGACGACGAAAGUUCUAACCAGGACUACCGGCUCCUUCUACGACCACAUCAACCACGACGAUUACCGUGAGCGGUCUGCCGACGCGACCAUCUGA